CCGAACCGAUCUGUCUUUGUUCUCCAAAACUUGUCAAGUUAGAGAGGAGCCGAUUGUCGUCUUCAUCGUUAAUUUAGGGUACUCGACACGCGUUUGUGGUUUCUUCUUCGUGAUGAACUAGGGCUUAAUCCAACUAUCUCCGGUUGUAUUCAAUUUAUUUACUUGGAGCUCAUUCUUCAUCUCUCCGAUCGGCAACCAUGACAGAGUAUUGGGUGAGCCAAGGGAACAAGUGGUGCGAGUUCUGCAAGAUAUUCAUACAGAACAACCCCACAAGUAUCAGAAACCAUGAGCUCGGGACUCGUCAUCGAGAUAAUGUCAACAAGAAGCUUUCGGAUAUGCGUGAGAAGAGCGUCGCUAAGGACAAAGAGCUUAAGGAAGCUGAAAGAAUGCUUCAACAGAUUGAAGCUAAAGCAACCCGUAGCUAUCAGAAAGAUAUAGAAACUCUUCAGAAAGCGGCAAAAGCUAACAGUGCACCAGAUGACGGGCAAGGGGAGUGGACGUUUGACAGUGCUUCAGGCUACCAUUACAACCAGACGAAUGGUCUACACUAUGAUUCCAACUCUGGAUUUUACUAUGCAGAUUCAAUAGGAAAAUGGGUGACCCGAGAGGAGGCAUAUGCUGCCGUUAAUGCUUCAUCAAAUACAAAAACCCAAGAACUUCUUGUUAAAAAGCCUACAACUACUUCAGGAGCUGGACCAAGUACAAUGAAACAAAAUGAUUCAAAAAGUCAAAGUGGCUUAGCACCCGGGCAUGUUGUCUCAGCUUCUUUAAACCCGACGAUACCCGUGAAAGGGGCUCCUUCAUCUAUUGAUCUCGGGAAAAGAAAGAGACAAGACCAGAAGCCAAAGAAUGUAUCUGAAGAAGAGAGAGCCGCUCUAAAGGCAAGAGAAGCUGCUAGGAGGAGAGUUGAAGAGAGGGAGAAAUCGUUGCUCGGCCUUUAUAACAGACCAUUUUGAUUGACAGUCUCAAGUGAAGUGAGGUCCUUCUUAGUGAGAUGCAUGCAUUUAGAAUUAAUUAUAUUUUCUAACCCGUCUUUUUUUUUUCUUUCUCGUAUUGUUUUUCAUCUCAAAAGGGUCGGUUUGGCUCAGGGUUGAACUCAUUUGUCGUGGGGUUUGUUUGAGGUGGCGGAUUGGAAUCAGCCUCUUUGCAUGAAAACGAAGGGGACUCGAGGUGGAAUCAGACUGUCUUGUAUAUUUUCUUCUUCAUCACCCGAGGUGGGGACUCGAAUUGGAUUGAUCUUUUAUUGAUUUUCGUCUGACAUUAUCGUCAUCAUAUGUGAGUUUUCAGGGUUGAAAAUAUGUUGAGCCGUCAAAAUAUGACAUAUGACUUAAUGAAAACAGGUCAUGUAAUGUGAAACCACUGCCAUUCUUGAACAUAAGCAUAAGGGUCCCCACUUCACUUCCCAUUCA